AUGAAAGAAGAGUAAAAUAUCGAACUCCUAGACCCUAAUUUAGUCCAGUAAUAGCAGGAAAAAUAGCAAGCCAGCUUCUUAGUAGUAAAACAAGACUAGUCUCUUAGAUCCCUUGCUUAAACAUCUGAGAACUAGCUAGAAUAAGUUUCAAUGAAUAGAUAAUUCAGCGAAGUUCCUGUAUUUAUUGACACUUAGUAUGAUAUAAUUUCUAUCUAAGGAGUCUCAAAUGUGCUCAAGGAUCUCCAAAAUAGAUAUCUGGCUUAAUCAAGCAUUUAGUAUAAACCGCCUACUUCUGCUAGUAAAAUUAAGGUUGAAAAAAAUGCAAGUUAGAAAAACUUUAAGAUUAAAACUAAGAUGCAAAGGUCAUAAAGUACGACUAAAAUGAGCACUACGAAUAGUCAAUCUAUGAAUAAAAGACCCUUUGAUUUGACACAGCAAUAUAGUACAAAGCAGGCGUAUUAAGAUAAGCAAGACAUUCAAUUUGUAGAGAGCCAUAUAAAAAAUCUUAGAAAGAUGAAAUCUGUUAAGUCAUUUAAACAAGUUCCUAAAGCCAUAGACGUUAGGUAGUAUUCUAGGAAGAAGACUUUGAAAUAUAUUAAAAUUUGCUUAGAAAAUGCAAGAGUUUCAUAAGUCCAAGACUAUAGAAUUCUAUUAGUUAUUAAACUUAACUUCAACUUUUAAACUUUAGAUGGAAAAAAUUACUAUCUACUUGAUUAGAGCUAAACUUAACCUACUAAAGCCGCUUUCUACUAUUUGAACCUUAUUAAGAAGCAGAUUCCUCCUAACUUUAAAAUGCAAUAUGGCUGGCUUAAAAAUUCACUAUUUCUUGACUACAUAUCAUAUGAAUUGCUCAAAAAUAAUUGCUAAACUAAUUUAGACAAAUAAUUUACCCUUAUCGUAAAAUCUAUUAAGCAGACAAUUAGAAAAGGUAAAAACAAGAAGAGUGAAGUGGCUCUAAUAUAUAAAUAUAAACUCAAGCUUGUUCUUGAGUCCACAAUCAAUCUUUAUGUGGCACAAGAAAACUAAAAUCUUUCCAACUUGAAAGUCUUAGAGCUAAUUUAUCAAAAAGUCCAAUCUGAUUUCAUUAAGACUGAAGUAUUGUUUAGCUUAUAGGACAUUUAAAGAAUUGAAAGUUUGUGCAAAUCUUAAGGAUUUGAGGGUAUAUAACCUUAAAGAAAAAAUAAAAAUUAAUAGGUGAAAUUAAACAAGCUAAUCGAGACAUCUGACUCAGAAGAAAUUGAAAGUGUCCAAUUAAAUAAGAAUGCAUCUUAAAAAAAGCUAGAAUAGUUAAUACCAUCUACUUUUUCUGGAACCUAGAAAACAUCAUUUAUGGAUUAAAAUGCUCAUUUUAUUCCAAUAUAAGUGAUUGACUAGCCAAUGACACCUUAAGAGCAAGUAUUCUAAGAGUUAUCAAGAGUUAUUAGAAUGAAUAAACAGAAAGAACUUGAUCUAGACUUCUAAAAAUUCAGUAUGGACGGUUGCUUUGAAGCAAUGAUAGUCGCUAGAGAAGAAUUUUCAGGAUUCAAAGAAUACUUUAAAUUAAAGAAAGAUUUACAGGAGGGUAACUUUGAUCGAAAAGCUCUAGGAACAUGGGAGGAUAUUCAUGCACUUCUGUUUAUGAAAAAUAAGAAAAAUCAAGAGAAAAAAGAAGAGAAAGAAUUUUUGAGAAUGUUUUAACUUGGUAAAAUAAAUGACCAGUCAUAGGAGUACGAUUCAGAGACUGAUGGUUAAGUGGAAAUAGUUGAAAUAGAUUAAAAAUCAGAAAAAUCAUCUUUAGCAACUGAUGACAGUGAACCGAUAAAAGAUAGUCGAGAAGAUAAAAUGGAACCUAAAGAACUGGAAGUUAGAAAUUAAGAAUUACCUUAGCUAAGUUAGGCUCAUAUAAAAUCAGCCCCACCAAUGAAUAACAAUUCUAGCAGUAGCUCUCCCUCACUAAAGCCCUAAUUCUCCAUCCAAAAGACAUAAAAGGUACAAUCUGAAAAGGCAAAGUCUCCAAUGUCCUAUAAAAACAAAAUAGAACUAAAGAAAUUAUAGGAAGCCUUUUAGAAGAAGUAAGCACAGUCUAAGGAUGUAGAGUCAGCUAAGUAACUUCAGCAAACGCUGAUUUAAAAACUUAAUUUCAAGAAGCAAUCCUUAUUGGAUGUCAAAACACCUUCAAACCUGGAUGAGAUGAGAGAGAAAUUCGGAGACGUUCUAAAGUUUGAAAUUACAGAAAAAACGAAAAACUUACGCCCACAUGAAUCGACAAUGAAGUUCUUGAGAGAUUUCAAGAAUGAAAAUGAUAGGGAUUACUGGGGAAAGAUGAUUUUCUUUAAUAAGACUAAUCACGCAUUUAGAGAAGUAUUCUAAGACCAUAUGGAACUAGGAAAUAAGGACUAAAGAUUGAAUUAGAUUAAACUUAAAUUCUAAAACUCUAGGGAGAAGUUUCUGAAUAAAUUUGUACCUUUGAAGUAAAAAUCUGAUAAUGAUGAGUCUAGCAGGAAUUCAAUGUAUAAGUCUAACUCUUCUACGUUCCAAGGUGGCAACUCUAUCAACAAGGGACACAGCAAAAAAAGAAAUAGUCUUUAAACCAACCAGUAGCAAAGUGAUAUUAUAGAGGAAGAAAAUCAUCAUCAUGGUUACUCUAUAAAAUAAGUUCAUAAGUUAAGAGAUAAAGUGCACAGAGACAACAUUAAAGAGACAAUUGAGUUGAAAAGAGAAGAUAUGAACUUAAUGAUCAAGAACUACAAUAUGACAAAGAGCAUUUUUGAUUAGGAAGAAAUGAGAGAAAUGCAAAGUACUUAGCAACGAAGAAAUCUAGUCAAAGUCCUAAAGAAUAGCAAAACUACUUCAUUUAAUGUCACUGGAACUUUCAACUCUGGAGGAAGGAGCAAGAAUAAUGAAGUCGAAAGUUCUAGUGAGUUUGGAGGCAUUACCGAUAGAGGAAAUAACAAGGGAGGAUAUGUAAGCGGGAGAUCAUACGAUACAUUCACUGGCGAUUCAAUAUUCGAAGAUAGACUUAUUGGGUCGAAUGGGAAAAUUUGUGGAAUGAGGAAUGAUAUAAUAGAGAUCUCAAAUCUCAAUGAUGUGCCACUCGAAUUAAUGGGAGAUACAGGUCUUUAAGAUUUUGAGAUUGAGUUAAAGUAGGGCUCUUCAGGUGUAAAGCAUGAUUUUUCUCAGUAAUUGAGAAAGACUCCUGACUUAACCAUAUCUCAAAAUUCUUAUUAGUCAGAGAAGUAAAGUAAUAAUUAGGUUUUGAAUUAGAAUAAUCUUAAUACUCUGCAUAUGAGCACUCUACAUAUGAGUGAUCUAUAAUCAGAUAGGAAUCGUUCAAUUAGGCAGAGUCAUAAUUCAAAAGAGGAAAUUAAAAACGAUGAAGAGUGUAGGGAUAUGUACUAGAAGUACUUGAAGAACAAGUUCAGCAAGAAAAGAGUUGAUGAUAAUUUACUGGAUGAAAUAAUUAAGAGGAAAAAUGAUUUCCCCUCUCAUCACUAGAGACAAGACAGUUAAGAUGAGAAGGAAAAUAUUCAGAGAGAUUUAUCUAAUAGAGUAGUAACAAGAGACGUAGUUGGGAGAAGCUAUAAGAACAAUAUAAUGAAAAGAGUUUAAGAAUAGCUUGAUUCUUUCAGAUAGACUAAGGUGGAAGAAGAAAUAAAGGAUGAUAAAAUGUCCUGCCAUGAAUUGAAAGACAAAUUGAGAGAGAUAAUGAAUAAUCUGAAGUAAAAUCAAUCAAAGAAUUAGAUGCUUAAUGAUGAAUUCUUCAAGAUUGAAAACUGGAAUACUAUUGAAAACUUCGAUGACUUUGUGUCAAUGUUCAGCAAGAUUAAGGAAAAUAUGAUUCUGCUGUAACAGAAAUGCACAUAAUAGGAAGAUACCAUCUAGCAAUAAUAGAUGUAGCUAAACACGUACAAGAAUUCAGAAUUAAGCUACGAUACAUAAAUAAAAGCUCUUUAGGAAGAAGUCGAAAAUUUAUCUGAACAGAUUUUGAAGUAAAAGUAGUAGUAUAAAUUAGACUUGGAACAAAUCAACACCUCAGCAAAUGAAAAAAUAUAUCUUUUGAAUUCUCAGCUUAUAACUUUGAAAAGAGAUAUUUCGAAGAUAAAGGAGGAAAAUCAAAUUGAGAUUGAUAAAAUACAAAAGUAUAACCAUAAACUUAUUGAGAAAUUAGAAAGAGGUUAAGCUAAAUAUGAAAACAUCUGCCAUAAGUAUAAAUAGAUCAAAGAUAAUGAGAAAAAUAAAUUGAGGAGAAUUCAAUAGGAUCUAUAAAUAUGA